GAAAGUAUGGAUCAGAAUGCUGCUGCAGUGGAGCGUUGAGCGCCGCAGGCUCCAACUUACCGAGUUUGUUUUUAUAACUUGAUAAAGACACCGUACUGUUACUUUGAGUUUAAAGAUAGCUUACUAUUUUGUAUGUAGUUUAGUCUUAUAAAGUGAGCCAGCUCGUAUAUGUUGGUUUGAUUGUAUUGAAUGGUUAUCCUGUAUAAGUUAUCAAUACCUUCAUGGCGUUGAUAGCGAGUGAGUUAAACGGAACCGCGGUGAUUUACGGGAGAGUUGGCUCAAGAAGAGACGUGGUUCACGUCCCUGUGGACGGCUAUUUAACGAAUAAAAUGCAACCUAAGGAGGCGGAGUACACCACAGAGGGCUUACCGAAAGCCUUCCUGCACAGCCUGAGAACUCUUUUUGACAUUUUAGACGACGACAGGCGGGGGUAUGUCCACAUCUCGGAGAUAGAGAGCCGUUGGCAGGGCGCGGAUACUAGGGAGCUUCCCGGUGGAGUGCUGAGCUGCCUGAGGAGGGUCACCCCUCCGCAUGGCUGCCUCACCUUUGAGCGCUUCGUGGCCGGGCUGCGACACUCCAUGCUGAACCCUGAGAAUAAUUCCCACUUUAAGGCUCAGCAGGGUCAGAGGUAUCCCCAGAAGACAUGCAGCGUGGGACCCCGACUGGAGAACAAAGUCCGUCCGCUGGGCAACCUGACGAACACCCAGCGGGCGUCCUCCCUGCAGAGCCGAAACCGCCCGGAGGAGUCCGCUCGGUACGGCGCGGGCUUCCAGAGGUCCGGGCGGAGUUUGGAGCGGGUUCCCAUCGCUCCGGAGGACGGGUGUUACCCCGCCGACCCGGGCCAUGCUCCCAAACCCACACAGCCGCAGCAGAGCCGGCUCAGGAACAUCGACUCACUGGCGCUGGAGUCUCCACAGAUCCAUGAAGCAUGUGUGAUGAAAUCAGGUUUGCCAAGAUCGCAGAGUGAAUCAGCUACAGGAUUAACUGGUGGGUCCAGGCGACAUGGGCGGAGCCGGGAAGAGCAUAGGAGGCAUACCAUUACCAAUGGAGUGGAUUAUGGAAUGCUGAAGCAAAUGAAGGAGUUGGAGCAGGAAAAGGAUUCGCUGCUGUCAGGCCUGGAAGUUGUAGAACGGGCCCGCGAGUGGUACCAGGGCCAAAUCCACAAUGUCACAGAGAGGCAGAGACACGUCGGACAGAGCUCCCACUGCGUGGAAUUCAUUACGGAUGCCAGCCCAAGUCGCAUGAAUGUUCUGAUUCCCAAACUACAAGAGGUCAAUCGCUGCCUUAAUGACCUGAUCUCCUGCACUGGAAUGCCACCAUUUCCCAACGGCGGUGCUCAGACAGCAGUGCUCUCAGCUGGCUCUCAGCCACCGGCCCCAGCUCCUCCACAAGCCAUUCAGAGACUAAAGGACCAGAACAGGCUUCUAACCCAGGAGGUGACGGAGAAGAGUGAGCGGAUUGCUCAGCUUGAACAGGAAAAGUCGGCUCUGAUAAAGCAGCUUUUUGAGGCGCGAGCUCGCAGUGCGCAGGACACCAGCACCAUGGAUUCCACCUUUAUCUGAUUAGCUUCAUCGUGUGAUUCAGUCAGAACAUCUGAAGGAGAGCUGAGAGAUUUUAGUUUACCUGAUUGAACAUUAAUGGCAGUAAUGCACCUUUUUAGGGACACAAAACAUCCCCCACUACAACAUGAGACCAAUCCACUACAAAUCAAAGCAAACGCUACCUGAAUGUAAGCACUCCUGACCUGGGGAUUAGAUGGUUAACGUUUAUUACACUACAGAAAAAACAAAACAAAAACAGAGCACUCUUCAAACCAGACAUGUCUCAUGAUCUCAGUCACUCCAGUUAUCCAAAGAACAGCAUCUGGAAGAUCAGCACUCCCUCUCCUUAAAGACCUAUUUAUGUUUCUGCUGCUCAGCUUCACAAGGAACAAAACAUGAACCUAACUGUGAGCAAAGCUCAAAUAAAAUGGUACAGAAGACUGUAUGAUAUUUUAGGAAUAAAACGCCAUAUUCCAGUGGAUGAUAUAAGCUGCAACCCGUUGCUGUGACCUUAGUUAUACCUUUUUAGUUUCAUAUAAAAAAAAAAUCAAUAUAGGAGAGAAAUUUUUACUUUUGGUAUUUUCUUCCUUUUGAUGUCAAAUUAUAUUUCUAUAUGAUUUUUUGCAGUGUAUUUUCCCCCCUAAAACAUGUAUUUUAUAACAGUGUGUUCAAAGUUACAUGAAUCUUCUUCAACACAUGGGAUGUUAUUUUAAAGAAAGCCAUGGCAGUACAUUUCAACAUUUGUAGCAUCUCCCCCCAAAUGUAUUUAUAACCCAAAAUGUUCCAGAAUUACGCCUGGAUGGAUCAAAGAUGCAGCAGGAUUCAGAGUCUCAUCUUUUUCUUAAAUGAUUGAGGUUAUGGAUGUCAGGAUGACAUCAAUAACUCCUAAUUUAACCAGUAACGUAAACGGGGAGCAUAUAAAUGCCAAAAGUAACCACAAGAACAUUUCUGUACCCUCUACAGGAUUCAUUCAUUUAAAACCAACACAACCUAUAAAACCUAAAAGUGAUCAGCAGCCAAAAACAAGUAUCAAGUUUCACUUUGAGCCUGAACCAAACAAAAUGGACUAACUGCUUCACAUUUAACACACCAGACGACAAUGAGUGAAGGUUAGCCUUCCACAUCCAAUUAUAUAAAACAUGAUUUAAAUUAUGAGCUUGACACAACCAGCAUUUAUUACUAAGAAUUUAGGAGCUUUCUGGUUUUCCAAAAUAAACAAAAUAUCAUCAACCUUUUGAAACCUUUUACUCAAUCUCAUGAGAAACGAUGCUGUUUCGUUGACGCUCAGAUAACAAAUAGCAAUGUAUGAAGGACUUUAACCCCUUAGUUUUGCAUAAACCAGGCUUUUAGUAAUAAUGCAAAUGUAAUACUCCACUCCCUGAUCAGUUUGUUUAAAAUAUAAAUGUGUUAUAGUUCACAUCCAAGGUGUCGUUUACCACAAGCACAAGGGAAUUGUCUUGAAAUGUUCUCUGAUGCCUCAUAACCUCCCUGUAUCGCCACCUUGUUGAGGGGCAGCUAUAAGCUGCUACAUAUUUUUUUGUUUGUUUGUUUUUUUAGAAUAGGAUAACAUUGGUUGCUUAAGUAAUAAACUUUACUUGCAGUUGUGAACGUGUGGAAAUAACUCAAGGAAAUCUUAUAAACCCUUGAGAUGUUUAAGGGCAGAAGAGUUGGAGAAAUGUGGAAGAAAGCUGUGAGGAGGAGUCACAUAGAUGGUACAUGUGUUGCAAAACAAUUCUGAUGUAAAAAAAUGUUUUUCUUUUUAAAUACAGCCAUUUUAGCAAUUACUAAAAUUAGUCUGUAUAAUAUUACAGAUAUUUCUUUUGCUUGGAUCUUGUUAAAAAAAGUGAAAUAUUUCCCACAGAGAGAUUUUAGUUUGAAAUGUGGGAAUAAAAGGUUAGCAUUGAAAUAAAAAAAAACUCUGAUAUCUGUAUGAGUUCCCUUUUCUCAGAAUCUAUCCGGAAAUUGAUGCUCAUAGAUGUUAUGAAAACAAAGCCAUCCACAAGUUAACGGGAGGAUUCAGUUGGUGGCUGGCAGUAAAGUUUUUAAUGGUACUGCUGGGAUAAGGACGUUUCCCACUUGUUUAGGGUUUUUGCUGCUCACCCUACGAUAUGCGUGAACUCUCUUUUCCUACCACUGAGGGUACCAAACCCCAGAGGAGGUGAUAGAAUAAAUAAUAAAAGUUUAUACUU